AAUGGAAUUUUAAUGCUGUCAAUGUUAGAUUGAAUUCAAUUAAGCAAGUCAUUCUCCAUUUGUUUUACCAAGUUGUGGACAUUCAGUUUGCUAUUAAUGUGUUCAUUAAUAUAUAUCUGGAGAUCAAACCUUAAAAUGUAACGAAGAUGGGUAUCUAUUAAUAUUAUUUAAGAAUUGAAUGUAAUGUUCAUAGAGAUCAAAAAUGCUUUCCUUAAAAUUAAAGCAUUUUAACUAUGCUUAAAAAGGCUUAAUAAUCAUCAAGGCAAUAUUUACCAACUUUUAAUACUCCUGAUGAUCAACAAAUUACAAAUUCUACUAAAGAUGUGGCUUAAUAUUACUCUGAAAAAUCUACAUCAUAAUUUACAUUCACAGAAGCUAUCCCAAAGACUUCCAUAUGCUAAUUACAUCAAAAAGAAUUAGAACUUAUAUGUCAGGAAGAUGGUUAAUGCAUUUGUGUUAACUGUGCUUUAUUUGGCCCUCAUAAAUUCCAUAAUUAUCUUCCUAUUGAUUAGUUCUGGAAAUAAAUAGAAUUUACUGUUAAUGAAAUAUCUUGUUUAUAUAAAUAAAUUCAAACUGAAAGAAAUAAUAAAGAAUAACUAUAAUAAUUAUUAUAAUUAGGAUUUAAUCAAUAAUAAUGUUGCAUCAAAUCUAAAAUUGAAUUAUACUUUAAUGAUUUAAAUAAAUAAAUUGAAGAAAUCAAGAACCAAACUCUAUAGAAAAUAAAUUAGGCUUAUGAAAAUUCAUAAGAAAUCAUUCUCAAUAAAAUAGAUUUUGAAUUUUCACAAUUAUAAGGUGAAGCAGAUUAAUGGCUUAAUUAAGCUAGUUAUUAAUUAAGCCAAUUAGUGGAUGAAUCAUAAUAAUCUAAAUUUAGAAAGUUUGACUAAAUCAUUAUUAAUUCUGGUUAAACUAUAUUGAAAUAAUUUAAUCUUAUCAAAGAAUCAAUAACUAUUUUAAUUGAUUCAACUUAGAAAUCUCAUGAAAUCUAGGUACCAAUUUAAGUAAUUUCUAAUUAUAUUUCUUAAUUAAUGGGAUUAAAUAAUAAAAAAUUAGAAGUUGGUAAGUAAGAUUCUCUAUUGCCUAUAUCUUCAAAUCUGUCUGAUAAGAAUAUAUUAAAUGAAUAAUCUGAUUAUUUAUUAGAUGAUAAAUAACCUUAAAAUGAAAUAAUUAAAAUACCAGAAAAAAAACCCUUAUAAAUUGAAAUUGUAAGAGGUAAAAGAAAUUCAGAAGUAUUUUCUCAAUAACCUACAUAACCAGCUUCACCUGCAUUUGAUAUAUCUAAGUAGAUCAACUUUAAUUCAGUCUAGUCAUAACAUACUAGAUUAAAAGAAAGAUGUGCUACUUUAUCAAAUAGUGAGAUGAUUGAUACUUCAUUAAUAUAAAAGUCUUCAAAAUUUAGUAACAGUAAUUAAAAUAGCAAUUAAAAAUAACAUAAAAGAUUUACUAACAACUAAAAAAUGAAUGAAAAAUUAUCUAAUACUUUAACUAUCAUUCAUUAAGAUAAAAAUGAAAUUGUAGAUUUAAGUUAGAUUGGUAUCAUUUUUUUUUAAUCUAGAUUUUAAUGAUUAAAUUAUCUAAAUUCUUGGAGAAUAUUUAAAAGGUACUUAAAAUAUUAAAGUCUUGAAAUUAAGUAAAUGCUUGUUAGUUGAUGAAUUAUUUCACAAAUUACUCUUAAAUUUAUAAGAAUCCAAGUAAAAUAUAUUUUUCAAAAUUUAGAAUUCAUACUUUCCAUCUUUAAUAAAAUUUAUUAACUGAAAAAUGUCUUGAUUUUAUUUUAGUUCUUUUAAAAUAAAAUCCUCAAACUUAAUUGAGAUUAUUUUAUUUGAACCAAAAUUCAUUAAUAGCAUCUAAAGCGAAAAAAAAAAUUGAUGAACUCAAGAAAUAUGGUGUCUAAAUAUCAAUAUGA